GGGCGACUAGUGGCGUCCGGGUAUCAGGUGGUGGUUGGCAGCCGCAGCCCUAAACGCUCCCGGGUGCUGUUUCCUGAGGAGGCAGAGACCUCAACUUCUACCGCGUCGUCAGACUUCACUCCUGUGCCGAUGGGCUCGAGGAGAAAGCAACGAACUCCACGGGGGGGUAGAAACAAACGAGGAGGGAAGGGGUCAAGGGACCUUGAUGCUGAGACUCAAAAUAGACUCGAAGAUCUGCAGAGGCGCCGCACAGCAGAGACAAAGGAAAAACUAGACUGUCUGGAGCCUGGUCAGAAGGACACGAUUUUGGAAAAAAUCCUGAACAGGUCUCCAGGCAUGAUGUUUGACGUCAUGUCACUGUUGGAGGAAACCCCUGCACCCUGAACCCGACGGAGCUCUCCCCCACUUGGUGUACCUGUGGACACUGCAGGGAGAUGGACACUGACCUAGAGAAAGUGACGUCCCAGAAGGAGGCAGCCAGCCAGGCGGGUGUUGUGUUCGUAGCGCUGUUCCCCGAGCACUACUCCACGCUGGCAGGCCUCAGGCAGGUCCUGGCGGGCAAAGUGCUGGUGGAUGUCAGCAAUGCCGUCCAGGUCAACCUCUGCAGGACAUCCCAUGCCGAGCAGCUGGCAGACAUGUUCCCGGAGAGCCACGUGGUGAAAGGGUUCAACACCGUGUCAGCUUGGGCGCUCCAGACCGGCCCGCGGGACGGGAACCGACAGGUCAUGCUGUGCGGUGACAGCGCGGAGGCCAAGGCAGUGGUGGGCGGGCUGUGCCGCGCACUGGGCUUCGCCCCGGUGGACACAGGCCUCCUGGCGGCCCAGGCCCUGGAUUUGGAGAACCUCCCACUGAGGCUCUUCCCAUCGUGGCGCGUCCCGGUCCUCUCCACGCUCGGCCUCUUCGUGGUCUUCUACCUGUACAACUUCCUGCGCGACGUGCUGCACCCCUUCGUGGCGUUGGGCCGCGCCCCCGCCUUCUACAAGCUGCCCGUGGAGACGGUGAAUGCCACGCUGCCGGCGGUGGCCCUGGUCACGCUGGCCUCAGUGUACGCCCCUGGCUCGCUCGCCGCGGGCCUGCAGCUGUCCCGGGGCACCAAGUACGCCCGCUUCCCCAGCUGGCUGGACCGCUGGAUGGGUCGCAGAAAGCAGUUGGGGCUGUGCAGCUUCGCCUGCGCUGCCAUACAUGCCGUCUACAGCCUGUGUCUGCCCAUGAGGCGCUCGGCGCGAUACAAGAUGCUCAACGACGCCUUUAAGCAGGUGAAGGAGGGGGUGGCGGACUCCUGGCAGGAGGAUGAGGUGUGGAGGAUGGAGCUGUACCUCUCCACGGGCAUCAUGGCUCUCUGUCUGCUCUCCCUGCUGGCCAUCGCCUCCCUGCCCUCGGUGGCCGACGCCCUGAACUGGCGUGAAUUCACCUUUGUGCAGUCUUGGAUCGGCCUGGCGGCUCUGACAAUGGCCACCCUCCACACGCUGCUCUUCGGCUGGGACCGGGCCUUCGACCCGGGGCAGUAUCGCCUCUGCCUGCCGCCCACCUUCAUGGUGGCGCUGGCCCUGCCCCUGGCCGUGCUGUGCAGCCGGCUGGCCCUCAGCCUGCCCUGCCUGGCGGCGCCGCUCGCACGCAUCCGCCGCGGCUGGGAGAGGAGCCGGCACCUCCGCUUCUCCCUGCCCGUAGAGGAGGGCGGGGCCGUGGGGAAUGGACGCUCACUGGAGGACAUCAGCGACGUAUAGCUAUGUAUGUUGACCAUGGGUGUGUGUUUUUGUGUGUCUUGGUGUUUGAUGUGUGUGUACGUGCGCUUGUGUUUACUGUUGUGCAAAAACCCACACUGAUACAGGGAGACUAACCUGGUGUAGUUUUAGUAAAAAAAACAAUAUAUUAUUAAAUUCUUAAAAAGUUUAUUAAAAACUAGUUAUUAAUGAAUUGGCGAUAAAACCAAAUACCUGUACUAUGCAAUCAAAUAAGUAUGUAUUUAUUUAGUUUGUGAUAAUUUAGAAAAAAUUAAACAUUUCUGAUUUGUUUGAGAAUGUCGUUCCUUUUUCCCAUAAAACAGGACAUCUGCCCAUAUUUGGGAUGUUCAGAAUCACACUGGUCGAUGAGAGAGAGAAAUAUUUCAAUUGUUAAAUGUAAAAGAAAAUCAAUUGUACCCCGGUGUUAAUAUUUUAAUCUGUGGUACAUUCAAGAAUUCUGUGUUUUUGGUUCAACGAGGAGCAACAAUGUGAAUCUAUCCCAGCUGUUCUUCUUCUGCUGAAACCAAACUUUAAAAUGUAGAGUUUGGACUUCCGGGAAGAUGGCGGAGAGAGUAAACGCAUAGUUAACUAGCUCUCCAGAGUCGGUAAAAUAUUCCCACUAUUCAGACAUAACUCGACAAACAAAACUAGAGUAUGAGUGG